AACUUAUUUACAAAACAGAAAUAGACAUAGAAAACAAACUUAUGAUUACCAAAGGGAAAAGGGGGGAAGAAGGGAUAAACUAGAAUUUUGAGAUUAACAGAUACACCCCACUAUAUGUCAAAGAGACAAACAACAAGGACCUACUGUACAGCACAGGGAACUAUUUUCACUAUUUGUCAUAACCUAUAACGGAUAAUAGAUAAAAAAAAUACAUACAUAUAGAUACAGAUAUAGCGGAAUCAUUUUGCCGCACACCUGAAACUAAUACGGUAUCGUAAAUCAACUAUACUUCAAUUUUCAGAUGAUGAAACUGAAGCUCCGUGAAGUUAGGUCAGUUGGUGAAGAUCACACAGCUGACAGAAUUGGGACCUAUACCCAAGUUCUCCCUCCAGAUCUCAUGCUCAGCCAAAGCAUGAAAUAACUGAAGGAUUUCCAUGUUUAUUGAAUGAAGUAAUUGACAAACUGGUGAAAAUGAAUAACAAUCUCUCAUCCACACAGGGUUGUAAGAUUGAUAAAGCCCAUUCCCCAACAUUGUCUCAUCUGAUCCUCACAACAGCCCUGUAAGGAUCUGCACGCUCUGAUUUACAGUGGGAAAACCUAAGACUUACAUUAACCUAUUUGUCCAAGGCCACACUAAAGUAAGUCGCAGAGCUAGAACAAGAAACAGGUCGUUGCUCUUUAAAUUUCCCCUAUAAACCCAGCACACUUAAUGACAGCUGAAUCGGCAACUUUGAACAUGUCAGACGCUCAAUAAAUAUUUGCCUAAUAAAUGAAGGAACGAAUGAGAGAAUGAAGGGAAUCAAUAUCAGGUUAUGAAUGGGGAAGACACUUAAAAGCUGACGCAGUCUACAAGUAGGAGAUUGUCAAAAUAAUUAUUAUCUCCAUCACUCUGUCCCCUCCCGCACCGGGGGUGGAAUUCCUCUUCCCAACUUGGCUAAUUCCAUCUGGGGAGGGAGGGGCCUCCCAGGUGCCCGAGACCCUCGCACCUGCGCCUCUCCCGACGCCCCCUCCCCCUCUGCCGCCGGGGCUCCUCGGAUGGUGCCGGGAUCAGAAGGGAUGGGGGCCAAUGAGAGGGUCGUGGGAGGAGCCCCGAAAGAACCGGGUUGGGGGGGCGGUGAUGACGGCGGUGAGAACCCCAGCGGGGCGGGGCGGGUCUGCAAGUCCCGGCCGGGCUGCGGCGGAGCGACCCGGGCCAGCUCUGCAGAAGGCGGCGGCUGGCUUCCCGGGACGGUCACAUCUCGCUGCAGGAGCCCGGCGGAGGCAGCCGCACUGCCUCCCGCCCGGGGCACCCAGGCCAGCCGCCAGGCCGCGCCGGCACCGCCCCCUGCUCUCGGACCCACUGCGUGGCGGGUCGGAGCUCUGGGGGCUCCGCAGCCCCGCGGCCCGCGCCCACUACCCCUCCGCCCUCUGCCCGCAGCUCAGUCCCGCGCUGCCCGCCUAGCCGGCCCGGCGCCGGGAUGGGGUAGGGGCAGCGCCACGGAGUCGGGCGAUGGGCCGCCCUCUGGGCACCGAGCAGCCCCCCGAGGCCUGACCGACCGCGAGGACCGGCGGAGGAGCCCCGCCUGGAUGUCAAACUGAUGCCCCAGUGCCUCCCAGCGGACUCGGUGGGGACCAUGGCUUCGCUAAUGCCCCUCUCCCCAUAUCUAAGCCCCACGGUUCUCCUGCGGGUCAGUUGUGACCUGGGCUUUGUGCGAGCAGACCGGCCCCCUUCUCCUGUGAAUGUGACAGUCACUCACCUCAGAGCCAACUCGGCCACUGUGUCCUGGGACGUCCCAGAAGGCAACAUCGUCAUUGGCUACUCCAUUUCCCAGCAACGGCAGAAUGGCCCCGGGCAACGUGUGAUCCGGGAGGUGAACACCACCACUCGGGCCUGUGCCCUCUGGGGCCUGGCUGAAGACAGUGACUACACAGUGCAGGUCAGGAGCAUUGGCCUUCGGGGAGAAAGCCCCCCAGGGCCCCGGGUGCACUUCCGAACUCUCAAGGGUUCUGACCGGCUACCCUCAAACAGCUCCAGCCCAGGGGACAUCACGGUGGAGGGUCUGGACGGAGAGCGACCACUGCAGACGGGGGAGGUGGUCAUUAUUGUGGUGGUUUUGCUCAUGUGGGCUGCUGUAAUUGGACUAUUCUGCCGUCAGUAUGACAUCAUCAAAGACAAUGACUCCAACAACAACCCCAAGGAGAAGGGGAAGGGGCCGGAACAGAGUCCUCAGGGAAGGCCGGUGGGGACAAGACAGAAAAAGUCACCGUCCAUCAACACCAUCGACGUCUGAGUGAAGAAACAGAACCAGAAGACAGAUGCACUCACAACCUGGGGAUGGGGAUGGGGUCAGGGAGAGGCCAAGAUGGUGAGCUGCCCAAGACUGAAGGAUCCCACAGUCUCCCAGAGGGUAAUGACACUCCCACCAUCUCAGGCUGGUCUCCAUCCUCUUUCCACUGUGAGCAGGGCCAGAAGGUAGGUCUGAUAGGGUCGGUGUCCCUGGACCUGGGGAGUGGAGAUCAGACGGGAUGUGUCCUUCCAUCCCCCAGGUCCGGGGGAGAGUCACUGGUUCAACCCUGUCCCAUCAGGUCCCCAAAGGGGCCCCCAUUUCACUUGCCUCCCCAGCUGCCCCCACAUCUUGCCUCCAGGUCCCAGAGGGGAGUGUUUCUGGGCGUACUCCCCCUCCCCCAGCAAAUCAAAGGCACUGUCUGGGCCUGGAGGCAGACGCUGCACUGCACUACUCCAAUGUCUUCCAUGGAGCCUCAGGUGCUCCCCCUCUCACCUGGCAGUCCCUCCGGCUGCUGGGGAUCUCACUCCUUGGACAUUUUUCCAAUAAAGGUUCUUGGACAAACCGGAGCUGACUGUAUGGUAUACUGAAUAGUAUGCUGAAGAUAUUUCUCCACUGUGUCUCCCCUGACUACAGAGGCCCCUCACACCAUCACCACCAGCUCGACAGGAAAAGACUCUUAUUUUAAGGUGGUGGCUUUGAUUCUCCAGCCUUGCAUGGGUGGAGAGGGGCAUAGAAAACUAGAGCCCUAGUCCAUUUUGCUUUGUUGGGGGGGAAGGGGGAGAAGGAAGAAAAAGAGGACACAAAUUCUCCUUGCUCCACUGGAAACUAGGGUCAUGUCACCUGAGAGGCCCAGAAGCCUUUUUCAGUGUCCACAUCCGCAGCCCAUUCCUCACCAUGAAUUCCAUCACCCCUGAGCUAAUUUUCAGAAAAGGACUGAACGGUGUGUCUUGGGACAAAUGAAAGAGCAGCUAUACUAAUGGAUCCCUGGGUGCCAAGUGUUCCUCUCCUGUGCAUUUCUGUGCCUAUUCUUCCCUGCCCUUGCUUUCCCUUUUGUCUCUCUGUCUGUCUUUCUGUUCAUUUGGUCAAAGUCAAUAAUAAUUGUAAAGUAUAAAUGAGUUCCUAUUCACUCUCUGCCACUAUAUCCAGAAGAGGAUUCUGGAAAUAAAACUGGGGUUGGACCUCU